UUUACAAACAUCAACGAUCUAAACAAACACAAACAAACAUAAAUUAAUGCGAAACAAAAAACAAAUAAAUUAAUAAUAAUUAUUUUAGAAAAAUUUAAAAAAAUAUAUAUUUUAAAAAUGUCUCAGCAUGGCGCGGCUUUGCAAACGUAUAAUCAAGAACUUGUCAAGUGUUUAGAAGACGUAAAAUGUAAAAGAGCAAGUUUACAAGCCGAGAUAGACAUUGAAGAAGAAGAAAAACAUAUUCUAGAACGUGAAAUUAAAAAAAUGCAACAUAAAUUAUCGCAAAUAAAUGACAGUCUCAAUAAAAAAAUUUUAGUUAGAAAUGAAUAUAAUAGAAUUAUUUCAGAUACAGAAGCUCAUUAUAUGAAGAUUGUCGAUAGCUCGCAAAUGCUUUUAGCUGUUGUCCAACGUGAAACAUCAACAUUGGAUCAAUCAUUGAGAAAAUCAACUACAGACAAGUCACAAUCACACCAUCAAUGACCGAUAACUCAUUAAAAAUAAUAGAUAAUUUAACAAUUACGUAUUUAUUAAUUAUAA